GAUAAAUGAUAACCAUGCCACUGCCACCCCUACGCUCUUACUCUCACCACCCUCGCAUUUUCUCAACGUCCAUCUCACUCCUAAACACCCUCCGCCGAUCAAUGACUACCGCACCGGUCACGGAGCUCAUGAGUCCAUCCAACACUCGCGUGGGCUGGAUUGGCACAGGCGUAAUGGGCCGUUAUAUGUGCGGUCACUUACUCAAAGCCGGCUAUACAGUCACCAUCUUCAACCGCACCAUCGCCAAAGCUCAACCACUCCUCGACAUGGGAGCUCACCUCGCUGAUUCCCCCCACGCCGUCGCCUCCCAAUCCGACGUCGUUUUCUCCAUCGUCGGAUACCCUUCCGAUGUGCGCCACGUCAUCCUUCACCCCGCCUCCGGCGUCCUCUCUGGCCUCCGUCCUGGUGGAAUCAUCGUGGACAUGACCACAUCUGAACCUUCACUCGCCUGCGAGAUAUCCGCCGCGGCCUCCUCCAAAAACUGCUCCGCAAUCGACGCUCCUGUCUCUGGCGGAGACCGCGGUGCCAAAAACGGGACGCUUGCGAUAUUCGCGGGAGGGGAUGAAUCCGUUGUAAACAAAGUGAAUCCCCUAUUUUCCCGCUUGGGGAAAGUUAAUUACAUGGGUGGCAGUGGGAAAGGCCAAUUCGCGAAGCUAGCUAAUCAAAUUACGAUUGCUUCUACAAUGUUGGGAUUAGUAGAGGGAAUGAUUUAUGCUCACAAAGCAGGGCUAAAUGUGGAAUUGUUCUUAAACGCCAUAUCCACGGGAGCCGCCGGGUCCAAGUCGUUGGACUUGUACGGUAGUAGAAUAUUAAAGAGAGAUUUUGAGCCGGGCUUUUAUGUGAAUCAUUUUGUAAAAGAUUUAGGGAUUUGUUUAAAGGAGUGUCAAAGUAUGGGACUUGCUUUGCCUGGGCUGGCUCUGGCGCAGCAGCUUUAUUUGUCGCUCAAGGCGCAUAGAGAAGGCAAUUUGGGUACUCAAGCGUUGAUUUUGUCUCUCGAGAGGCUUAAUAACGUUUCUCUUCAAUCUGUAGCUUCUUCCGAGCCGUCGGCUUAA